ACUCGACCUCCAACUCUGGUUGCGCGACUUGGGCAUUUCCCUCCACACUCUCCUUUGGACGACGCGGACUUGCGGAAGAAGAUAUGUCUGGCAAGACUGGUGGACGAAACUUGCACGCGAGAGCAAUUCUGGGUCCGGAGCUCCAUAGUCGGCUGUCGGAUACGAAGGUACUACUGGUAGGCGCAGGUGGUAUUGGUUGUGAACUCCUGAAGAACAUCGUACUCACGGGCUUCGGACAUAUCACUCUCCUUGACUUGGACACAAUCGACCUUUCGAACCUCAACCGCCAGUUCCUUUUCAAGAAGAAGGAUGUGAAGCAGAGCAAGGCGCUGGUCGCAGCGAAGACCGCGUCUGCUUUCAACCCAAACGUGAAAAUCACGCCAAUACACGGGAAUAUAAAGGAGCCCCAGUUUGACGUUGCAUGGUUCAGAGGGUUUGACAUUGUCCUCAAUGCGCUGGACAACCUCGAUGCCCGGAGGCAUGUAAACAAAAUGUGCAUGGCAGCCAAUGUCCCGUUGGUAGAGUCGGGUACUGCUGGCUACCUAGGCCAAGUACAGCCGAUCGUCAAGGAUAGAGCAGAAUGCUUCGACUGUAUCCCAAAACCAACACCAAAAACGUUCCCCGUUUGCACUAUUCGCUCGACGCCCUCUCAACCAAUACACUGUAUAGUAUGGGCGAAGAGUUACCUCAUGCCUCAACUAUUCGGCGAAGAUGAGGACUCGGGUAGCGAGCUUGAUGAGGCCGAGAAACAGGGCGAGAAUGCGCAGGAAAUCGCUACCCUACGCAAAGAGGCGCAGGCGUUCAAAGCUGUCCGCACGGCCCUUCGAAUGCCGGAAGUUGAAGGCCAGGGCCCGAGCGCCGCCAAAAUGGCGUUCGAGAAGGUAUUCCACUCGGAUAUCCUAAAUCUUCUUUCCAUGGCGGACAUGUGGCGCUCUCGCGCACCGCCGACCCCGCUGGACUUCGAGGGUAUCAGGAACGGGACGUUCGCACUGAACAAAAAGGCAUACGUUGAGGACACCACGGCUCAGCGCUCCUCGAAGGCAGUCACGAUGGACAAUGGAAGCACAAGUGUACCCAAUGGAUCGUCUUCCAAUGGCAACGGGGCCAGCACAGCUGGGUUGAAGGACCAGCGAGCAUUGUCGCUCAAGGACAACCUGGACCUAUUCGUGUCGAGCGCUGAGCGACUGGCCGCGCGACUCCGGUCGGGGGAGGACACCAUUUCGUUCGAUAAGGACGACGAUGAUGCGCUCGACUUCGUCACGGCGGCCUCCAACCUCCGCUCUGUCGCCUACGGCAUCCCGAGUAAAAGUCGAUGGGAGGUCAAGGAGAUGGCUGGGAACAUCAUCCCCGCUAUCGCCACCACCAACGCGAUUAUCGCCGGGCUCAUCGUCCUGCAAGCCUUCCAUCUCCUCCGCAAGUCCUACAACACCCUCCGCAACGUUCACGUACAGUUUAAGCCCACCAUGCCUCUUAGCGCGAUCAACAUGACGCCGCCUAACCCGAACUGCGGCGUCUGCAGGGACACUUACGCGGAAGUGCGCUGCGAUCCUACGCGUGUGACGCUCGGUGAAGUCAUCGAGGGCGUCCUGGGCGAUGGGGAGGACGCGGGAGGGAUUGGCAAGCGCGAUGUGAGCGUAUAUGAGCAGACGCGAAUGCUGAGCGAUCCGGACUGGGAUGAUAACCUGGAGCGGACGCUCGAGAGCUUGAACGUGACGCGGGGCAAGUUCCUGUCGGUUGUCGAUGACGAUGGGGAAUUCGGUACCAUCCAGGUUGCGAUUGGUGUGCUACCGCCAAAUCAUCCUCCUGACGGCCCGGCCCUGGUCCUGCCAUCUCCGUUGCCGACACCACCAAGAAAGCCCAAGCUAGCUAUGCCAUCGACGCCUCCGCCAACAGGCACGAAGCGUUCCGCCCCUGACGACGACAAGCUGGAGCCUGCAGCCAAGCGGAUAAAGACGAAUGGGGCUGCGCCCGUUCCGCCGCCGCCGUUCACCCCAAGCAAAAAGAAGAGGUUGGAAGACGACGGUCUAAUCAUGCUCGAUACCCUGGACGAGCCGUUAGAAGACGAUGUCAUCUUGGUUGAUUGAUUGAGGAUGUGAUAGACUGUGUAGUACUGUGUUAUACUACGGUUGUGCUAACUGUAUUCGUACUUAUGUGCUUUGUUUGCUGCUGUCGCUGAAUCCAUCGAGGUUAUUUUUCCAGUGUGGGCCUACGGUUUGGCGUUC